UUAACCAUCAGAGGUCGUCAGGAAAACCAAAUAAAUCUGCGUCGUGCUGUGCACACUGGAGUGCCGUUCGCUGAGGCGUUGCUGAUAUUGUUCUAGUCCCACAGCUCGGAUUUGAGAAGCUUGGUCCCGUGCUUGGUCCCGUGGUGACGAUCGGUUUUGUUGAGAGAGAGAGACACUGUUUACCUGUUGGAAUAAAUGCUCCUGGAGACUCAAAGGCUGGAAGCGUGUGUUUUGUCUCAGCCCCACCUGGUGCCCACGUGAGAGUGAGCGAGUGGGCUGGCCCUCCCUGGGCUUCAGUGCCCUCUGUGUUUUCGGUUCUCAAACAUGGGUCCACCUCUGACCACCAGAGGGUGAAGGGCCUUGAAUGCAGGGCUGUAGAAUUUGGAUUUGGUCUGGGAGGCAGUGGGGAGAUAGGAGGGCUCACGUGAAGAGUGUGUGCCUUAUCCUGCCAGUGGGGAGUCGUAAAGGCUUUAAGCAGGGAGGUGGUGAGGCCAGGUCUGUAUUUUAGUAAGAUGCAGCCUGGGGAGGGCUCUGGAGGCCACUGGAGCUGGAGGCCGGGACCAUCCUGGAGAGAGAAUGGCAGUGGUGGGGGGAAGGGAGAGGAAGCAGGUUCACUCGUAGCAGGCUCUGUGGAAGCUGGUGGAGACACACCCUCUGGCACCUUUGGGGUUUCCCAAUGCAAUGCAAAGAAGUGAUUACUCUGGAAAAACAGGUGACCUCCACCCAGGCUCUUUGAGCCGGUCCUGCCUGACCAGGCUGUGUGAUCUCAGACAAGCCACUUAAGCUGCUCAGGCCUCAGGGUCCUCAUCUCCACCAGGCUGCAGCAAGGGACCUGGGGAGGAUUGCUUGCGCUCAGAGCUGGGCCUGGCCGUGCAUUGUGCAGUGUCGGCUGGCAGUUGACGUGGCUGCUAUUUUCAGGCUUCCUGUGUCUAAAACAGGGAAGGAUGCACAUGUCUCCACUGCUCUUGGAAGGGGAAGCUGGAGGACUGCCAGUACUUUUAUAUUUAGGGGCUCGACUUAGGGACUCAGCCGGGUGGAGAUCUUUGACUUCCCCAUGUGUUCAGGGAACCGUGUGGUCUGCAGAGGCCUUGCAUGUCUGCACUCUCAUUCCCCGCUCCCAACAGCCCUGUGAGGGAGGCAAGCAGAUGUUAUCAUGUUAUCAUGAUGAUCAUCUCUCUGUUUCAUAGGUGAGGAAACAAGCUCAGAGAAGGGAAGUGACUUGUCUAAGGUCACACAGCAGGUAGGACUGGAAGUAGGUGUGUCUGACAGAGUAUCUCAGCUGGACCAUUGUCGGGUCCAAGAGCUACACCUUACACAUGGGGAGGCCGAGGCCCAGAGGGAAAAACAACUCUCGGGGGGCACAUCAUGAACUUGAGGCUGAGGCAAGACUCUGGUCAAGGGAAAUCAGUUCCUGAAAUCAAGUCUUCCAUCCCAGACUUCUUGGAUACGGUGAAGCCAGGAAAGCCUUUGGCAGCUUCUGUAAGAAACGCUGAUGAUGAACAAGAAACGGAGCAGCCCAUGAGGCCAGCCACCUUUCCAGGCCCGGGGCCUGCUCCAGCCAGAGCUAGCCCCUGGGGCCCUGCUGAAGAUGCCUCUCCUUCCGUAAACACCGACCUACCAGCCUCAUCCGAUUCAAAGGAUUUCAGCACCUCCAUUCCUAAGCAGGAGACACUUUUGAGCCUGGCUGAUGACAGCCUUUUCUGGAGCGAGGUGGACGUGGUCCAGGCAACUGAUAACUUCAACCCAAACCACAAAAUCAGUGAGGGGACCUUUGCUGACAUCUACAGAGGGCAAAGGCUCGGCACUCCAUUCAUCUUCAAGAAGCUCAGAGAGGUGCCCUGUUCAGGUCCAGGAUCAAUUGAAAAAUUCUUCCAGGUAGAGGUACAAAUUUGUCGUAGAUGCUGCCACCCCAAUGUCUUACCUCUGCUGGGCCUCUGCACUGGAGAACAGUUUUACAGCUUGAUCUACCCAUACAUGGCAAAUGGCUCUUUACAGGACAGACUCCAGGGUCAGGGUGGCUCGGACCCGCUCCCCUGGCCCCAGCGUGUCGUCAUCUGCUCAGGGCUGCUUCAUGCCGUGGAGCAUCUGCAUGGCCUGGAGAUCAUCCAUGGCAACGUCAAGAGCUCCAAUGUCUUGCUGGACCAAAACUUCACCCCCAAGCUGGCUCAUUCGAUGGCUCACUGGUGUCCUGUCAACAAAAAGUCAAAAUACACCACGAUGAAGACCCGCCUUUUCCAGGCCUCCACUGCAUACCUUCCAGAAGAUUUCAUCAGGGUGGGGCAGCUGACAAAGCGAGUGGACAUAUUCGGCUGUGGAAUAGUGUUAGCUGAGGUCCUCACUGGCAUCCCCGCGAUGGACGACAACCGGAGCCCAGUUUACUUGAAGGAUUUACUCCUCAGUGAAAUUCCCAGCAGCACCACACAGCUCUGCUCCAGUAAGACAGAUGUGGAGAAAGUGAUGGCCAAGGAGAUCUGCCAGAAUUACCUGGAGAAGAGAGCAGGGAGGCUGCCAGAGGCCUGCGCCGAGGCCUUGGCCAUGGCCGCCUGCCUCUGCCUGCGGAGGCGCAACGCCAGCCUGGCGGAGGUGUGUGGCUCUGUGGCUGCUGUGGAAGAGCAGCUGAGAGGUCAGGAGACGUCGCUCCCUUGGAGUGGUCUUUCCGAGUGCACAGGCUCUUCCUCCAAUACCCCAGAAGAAACGGACGACGUGGACAAUUCCAGCUUCGAAGCCUCCUGCUGCAUGAGGGAGGCACCCUGGGCCGGGGCUGCCUACUCGCCUCCCCGCCCAGCGGAUGGAGAAAGCGAGCUGCCGGCUGGUGGGGCAGUGGAAGCUGACUCCUCCUCUGAGGCCUGCGCCAGUGCAGAACCUCCCCAGGAUGCUACAGAGACUUCGUGGAAAAUUGAGAUCAAUGAGGCCAAAAAGAAACUGAUGGAGAAUAUCCGGCUCUACAAAGAAGAGAAACUGGAUAGCAUUGAGCUUUUUGGCCCUUGAUGACUCGAACAUAGCUGAGGACCCUCGUCCUCCAUCGGAAAAAUGAACGUCAAUCGAGAAAAAGGUCUAAGGAAGAAUCAAGGUCUCCCAGGAAACACCAAACAUCAGCUUCCCUUGGGUAGCGGCAGAGACACUUCCAUUUUACCAGUGAGUUAGGGGAGACGGGACCUCAGCUUUCAGAGACACAGAAAUCCAUGAAGUCCUCUUCCUUUCUGAGAUUCGUCAGUCAGAGCUCUGGGUUAUCAGGAGACUGAAGGGGAAACCCUGAUACACGAGCCCAGGAUGUGGGCGAUUUUGUGGUUCCGCGGAGCAUGUGACGAUAACCACCCCUAUAGAUGCCAUUGCCUGGCUCUCACCCUUGACAACCGAUUGAGCAUUCUGAGCGCUGAUGGAACUUUCCAAAGCUAAGAUCUCUGGGUAAUAUUUGCUACCAACCGCCUGCAAACUUCCAUGACCUUUACAUGAAAGACUUUCAACUUGUGUCCCAUUUCGGUUCUUCACUCCCUCGUCAAGGUCUCAAGUUUUACAAAUGCCAGACACCUGGCAGAAGGCUCUGGAGGUUUUCUGCUUUCUCUUUCAGAAAUAUUGCAGCCCACAGAUAUUUAUUUAAUGCCCACUCUGCACCUUUAUCCUCCCAUUCCACUAAUGGUAAUAUUUUAAAUAGAGUUUUUAUUUAGAGAGUAUGUAUUAUUUAUGGCGGUAGAUAAAGAACCAGGAGAACUAGGUUCAUGUUUGAUUCUGCUGCUAAUUUAAUUUCUGGAACCUCAGUUUCCUUGUAAGUAACAUGCAUUCAUCCUCCCUCCCUGGGCUGUUGGGGAGGAACGGGUGAGACAUGGCUACAGAAAUACUUUGAAAAUGCACUUGUCCUGUUUUGUUAAAUAAAUUUUUAAAAAGACAUUAAGUGUUUAUUUUUGUCAUGUACCUAACAUUUAUUGCAGUGGGUAUAUUUCUGAAAAGUCACGUUGCAAGUCUUUUUAAAUUCAGCGUGUCCUAUUUUAUUUUUAUUUUUUAAUAAAUUUAUUUUAUUUAUUGA